AUGGUGAGAACCCCGUCUUGUGACAAAAAUGGACUGAGGAAGGGUACUUGGACUCCGGAGGAAGAUAUGAAGUUAGUUGCUUAUGUCACUAGGUAUGGAUGCUGGAAUUGGCGCCAACUUCCCAAGUUUGCAGGUCUUGCAAGGUGUGGGAAAAGUUGUAGAUUGAGAUGGAUGAAUUAUCUGAGGCCUAACCUCAAAAGGGGAAACUUCACUCCACAAGAAGAAGAAUGUAUCAUCAGAAUGCACAAGAAUCUUGGCAACAGAUGGUCUGCUAUUGCGGCUGAGUUACCCGGAAGAACAGAUAACGAAAUAAAAAACCAUUGGCACACCACUCUCAAGAAAAGGUCUGAACAAAACACACAUACAAGUGAAGAAGUUAGAGCCUCCAAAUCAAAGAAUAAAGAAUCCAGGCAAGGGAGGAACUCGGUUCCCAACAAAAAUGGUGUUACUGUUACUCUUCCAGCUACUUCCCAGAUUUCAGACAAUUCAUCAGGCUCAUUCUCGCCAGUUUCAUCCGCCAGCAGCGAGUUUUCCUCCAUAACUUCAGAUCAUUCCAGUGCUGCUAGUAUGGAAAAUUUGGUGUUUGAAGAACAUGACUUGGGUUUUCUGGAUUCAUACGUGAAUGAAACUUUCUGGAAAGAACUAAACCUGCUGGAUGGAGUUUCCUACGGUGCACCAAGUGAAGUAGUGUCAGGAGAUACCAAUGGCAGUUUUGAAAGUACAAGUUGUAGCCAGAUGGCUGAUUCUUGUGCAUUAUCUCCGCAUGAAUCAUCAUCCAGUGAAAGCAUGGUAGUGGACAAUGACUUGGGCAGCUUUCUGGAUGCAUAUGGAGAGGCAACAGUUGAUAACUUUUGGUCGCAACCAUAUGUGGCUGACGUGUCCCAUGUUCCAAGCGACCUACUUGUUCCCUCCGUCGCAGAAUCUGAAUAUUUAUAUGAUGAUUUGUGGGGUCAAAGUCAUUAUGUACAAUGA